GUCCGUCCACCUGCGAAGGCGAGACGGGUUCCCGGUCUGUCUUUCGCGUCUGUCCCCACCCCUCUCACACACACACACUUUUUGCUUUCUUUCUUUUUUUUUUUUUUUGUGAAACCGUAGGCGCGCGACCAGGUUCCAGAUGUGGAAGCAGGCAGUGGCGCGCGGCGCGGCUACGAGCCCGUCGCUGGCUGCAAGGUCUGGACCGAGCGGGAACCAAGCCCGGCGAACUGGAAGGUGGCGCCGGGAGGGGGAGGAGGAGGAGGAGGAGGAGGCGGCGACGGCAAGACGGCGAUGGUGUUGCUGCUGCCGCUGCUGAGAAGGAGGAGGAGGAGGAGGAGGAUGGCAAACGGGAGUCCCCGGGCUGCUGCUCCAAGGAAAUGCGGCAGCCGGGCUCGCGCCGCCGCCGCCGCUGCUGAAACGCCAAGCACCGGCCCCAGGUAAGGUUGCUGUCUGUAACGCUCAGCUCAGUCCAGGGACUAUGCCCAAGUGCUUCUGCCUCUUUCAACCAUGGAGAGUCCCAUGUUUGACACCAUCCUGGAGACAACAGACGGGGUAACCCCCGACCCCAGUUGGUCCCUGCCCUACCCACUGGGCUUCCAGGUGUCCCUGACAGGCUUCCUAAUGUUGGAAAUUGUUCUAGGGGUCAGCAGCAAUCUGACAGUAUUGGUUCUCUACUGCCUGCAAGCUGGCUUGGUUGACUCAGUCAGCAACAUGGUGACCAUGAACUUGCAUGUACUAGAUGUGCUCAUCUGUGUGGUGUGUGCACCUCUCACCAUGGUGGUCAUAUUGGUGCCACCCGAUCGUGCUGCCACCCUCUUCUGCUGCUUCCACGAGGCCUGCAUCACCUUCAGCAGCGUGGCAACAGCCACCAACGUCCUGGUGAUCAGCUUGGACCGUUACGACAUUUCAGUUCGCCCUGCACAACGUGUGCUCACUCCAGCCCGUGCAAUUCUUCUUCUGGCUGGAGUCUGGGUGCUAUCCCUGACUGUAUUUUUUAUACCCUUCCUCGAGGGCGAGUUUGGACACGCCAGCGUGUGGCAAAACCGUACGGUGCUGUGUGUUGGCCCAGAAGAGUUCCAUGCUGAGCUCGGCACCGCCUAUCACCUUGCCAUCCAGAUCCCCACUUUCUUUGCAGCCGUGGCAGUCAUGCUGGUGACCUACGCCAAGAUCCUGCAAGCUCUCAAUAUCAGCAUCGGCAGCACUUUCAAGCGUAGCCAGCGUCGCAAGACGAAAAAGAGGAAGCGGCGGAAAGCAGUAGAACUGAGUAGCAGCAGCAGCAUGAUCAGUGCUGGAGAAGCCAAGAGGCUUUCCCAGCCAAAGCCCACGCUUCAAGCUCCACCUCCAAUGGGUGUGCAGGCUUCUGUCUCUGUGAUCAUCGCACUGCGUCGGGCGGUGAAACGCCACCGUGACCGGAGGGAGCGCCAGAGGCGUGUUUUCCGCAUGUCCCUGUUAAUCAUCUCAACGUUCCUGUUGUGCUGGGCACCUCUGUCCAUUGUCAACCUGCUCAUUCUGUGCCUCGGGCCUAGCCCUUUGCUGGGCAAGCUGCGCAUCUGCUUCCUGGCCAUGGCCUAUGGUACAACCAUCUUCCACCCACUCCUUUAUGCCUUUACCCGCCAGAAACUGCGCAACGUACUCCGCAGCAAGCUGAAGAAACGAGUGGUGUCAGCGCUGCAAGUCGAUCCCGCACCUGGUGGCACCAUCAUCCACAACUCCUGGGUGGAGCCACCACGAAAAGGCUGCAAGGGGCGGCCACGGGGUAGUGAUGGGGCUGAGCACUGCCUGACGGAGGCCACAAAAGACAUUGGCAGCAUGUGGAAUGAACACAUAGAAUAUGCCUUUUGGAUGGAAGCAACAAUGACGAGCAGCAAUGACAUUCCCAGAGGGGUGAUUUCGGAAACGGAAUUCAUCACAAGGCCCUGCUUCGAAUAAGAUGUGCAAAUACUAAUGGCUGACGGUCACCUUCAAGGGUCUCGCUCUGCAUUUCCUUCUUCUGGUUUUCUCUUUUCUCUUCCAUCCGGCUCAGUCUGGACAAUUCUUCCAGCAGAGGAUGCUUUAAAUAGAAGACAAUCCUCCGCAAACUGGGACGUGUGGGCACUUUUUCCCCUGGACAGGUCCAAGCAUUUCCACCCCCACCCCCCCUUGUAAAUACCUCCUUUCACUCUUCCCACUCAGACAUCCAAAACUUUAAUCAACGAGAUAAAUAAACAUUUUAAAAUAGCAA